AUGGCACCGCCCGCCGUCGACCCCGCCAUCCUCGAGGCGCUGGGCCUCGAUGUCGCCCACACUACCAUUGCCUCACAUGGCGGCUCGGGCUUCGCCUCCACCUUUAAGCUAUCGACGACGGUCGAUGGCCAGCAGAGGCACUACUUUGUUAAGACAGGCACCGGCAAGGACGCCGAGCUCAUGUUCCGUGGCGAGCACGCCUCGCUCAACGCCAUACAUGACACCGUCCCCAACUUCUGCCCCAAGUCUUAUGCCCACGGCGCCUUGUCCAACCGCUCAGGCGGCUUCUUCCUCGCCACCGACUUCCUCGACCUGGGGUCGUCCUCAUCGGCCGGUCGUAGCGGCGGCGGCGGUUCUGGCCUCUCUCUCGCCGCGAAGCUCGCCAAGCUGCACACAACACCCGCGCCUGUUCCAGAGGGUUUCGACAAGCCCAUGUUUGGUUUCCCCGUGCCGACCUGCUGUGGCGAGACGGCGCAGGACAACAGCUGGCGCGACUCAUGGGCUGACUUCUACGCCGACAACCGGCUGCGCGCGAUUCUGCGCGCGGGGAUGCGCAACCAGGGCCCCGACUCUGCCCUCGCCGACGCCGUCGAGGCCGUCGCCUCGCGCGUCGUGCCGCGGCUCCUCGGCGGCGAAAGGCUACGCCCGGCGCCGGUGCCCGUCGUCGUGCACGGCGACCUCUGGAGCGGGAACCAUGGCCGCGGGCGCAUCGCCGGUGCGGGUGGCGUCGAGGAGGUCGUCUUUGACCCCUCGGCCGUGUAUGGCCACGCAGAGUACGAGCUCGGCAUCAUGCGCAUGUUUGGCGGCUUCGGCGCCGCAUUUUGGAACGAGUACAACGAGCUCGUGCCCAAGGCCGAGCCCAGGGAGGAGUGGGAAGACCGCGUCGCCCUGUACGAGCUAUACCAUCACCUCAACCACUUUGCCAUGUUUGGGGGCGGGUACCGUGGGGGCGCCAUGUCCAUUAUGCGCAAGCUCACGGCUGAGUACGGCGGCAGCUAA